CUGUUCGUGUGUCUUUGGUUUGUCUAUCUAUCAAACGAACCAAGACACACACAUGCACGUGCCUUAGCGCGCCAAGAAAUUCCUCAACCAACCAACCUUGAAUUUCUCGUGAAGAUCGACGUACGGCAAUGGAGUCCGACACAUGCGACCUCAGCGAAGGCAUGUCGACGGAGCGCGCGUACGAGGCGGAGCCGGUGCCGUCGCUGUCGGAGACCAUCACGGCGCGGUCGCUGGCGGUGAGCUUCGUCCUGGCCGUGACCCUCACGGUGGUGGCCAUGAAGAUCAGCCUCAACUCAGGGUUCCUCCCGUCGCUCAGCAUCCCGGCGUGCCUCCUGGGCUUCUACCUCUCGCGCGCGCUCAUCCGGCUGCUGGAGUUCAUGGAGGUGUCCCACCUCCCCUUCACCCGGCAGGAGAACACCGUGAUCCAGACCUGCGUCGCCGCCUGCACCACCAUCGCCUUCAGCGGCGGCUUCGGCACGUUCCUCCUGGCCAUGGGCCGGAAGUCGGCCGGCGACGACCACGCAAGGCACGACGUGAACGUGGAGGAGCCGAGCAUCCCCCGCAUGAUCGCCUUCCUCUACCUCGUCAGCUUCGCCGGCAUCUUCAUCAUCAUGCCGUUCCGGAAGGUGAUGAUCAUCCGGCACCAGCUGACGUUCCCCAGCGGCACGGCCACGGCGCACCUCAUCAACAGCUUCAACACGCCGCAGGGCGCCACCCAUGCCAAGCUGCAGGUGUCCAUGCUGUUCAGGUCGCUCGCAGGCUCCCUGGCCUGGUCCGUCUUCCAGUGGUUCUUCUCCGCCGGGAAGGACUGCGGCUUCAAGACCUUCCCCACCUUCGGCAUGGAGGCGUACAGGCAGGGCUUCUUCUUCGACUUCGACAUGACCAACGUCGGCAUCGGCAUGAUCUGCCCCUACGCGAUCACCCUCUCCAUGCUCGUCGGGUCCGCCGUGUCCUGGGGGUUCCUCUGGCCCUACCUCGAGACCAAGGAGGGGGACUGGUACCCCGCCGACCUCCGCAGCGGCAGCCUCAGCGGCAUCAAGGGCUACAGGGUGUUCAUCGGCGUCUCCAUGAUCCUCGCCGACGGCCUCUUCAACUUCCUCUCCAUCAUGUUCCGGACGUCGCGCACCAUGACCAAGCGGCGCAAGCAGCCCAUGUCAUCCGCCGGCGGCAACGUGAAGCAGCCGUUCCAGCACCUGAUCGCCGAAGGCCCGGACAUGGAGCAGCAGAAGACGGCCAAGAGCUUCGACGAACGCCGCAGGGCGCAGGUGUUCCUCAGGGACAGCAUACCCAACAUGGUCACCAUCGGCGUCUACAUCCUCCUCGCCGCCCUCUCCACCGCCGCCGUCCCGAUACUAUACCGGCAGCUGCACUACUACCACGUCGCGAUCGUCUACCUCAUGGCGCCCCUCUUCACCUUCUGCAACGUGUACGGCUACGGCGUCACCGACAUGAACCUGUCCAGCACCUACGCCAAGAUCACCAUGCUGGUCUUCGGUUCCUGGGUCGGGCUCAGGGACGGCGGUGUGGUUGCCGGCCUCGUCGCCUGCGGGAUCAUGAUGUGCACGCUCUCCAACGGCGGCGACGUCAUGCAGGACCUCAAGACGGGGUACCUCACCCUCACCUCGCCGCGCGCGGUGCUCAUCAGCGAGCUCAUCGGCACGGCAUUCGGCUGCCUCAUCAACCCCACCGUCUUCUGGGUGUUCUACAAGGUGUACAAGACGGGCGAGGCCGCCGGCGGCGACAUCCCCGACGUGCCCUACGCCAGGGUGUACCGCGGCAUGGCCAUGCUGAGCGUCGGCCAGGACGGGCUGCCCAGGCACAGCAUGCUCCUCGCCAAGAUCUUCUUCAUGCUCGCGCUGGCCCUGUGCAUGCUCCGGGAGCUGGCUAGCCGCUGGGAGUGGCGCGUGCAGGCGUACCUCCCGAGCACCGUGGCCAUGGCCGUGGCCUUCUUCGUGCCGCCGGACAUGGCCAUCGGCAUGUGCGUCGGGAGCCUGGUGCUGUGGCUGUGGGAGCGCACGGACCCUGUCGAGGAGCGGAUACUGUCGUCGCCGGUGGCGUCCGGGCUCAUCUGCGGGGACGGGCUCGGCUCGCUCGUGUCGUCGCUGCUCACGCUCACCAAGGCCACGGCGCCCAUCUGCAUCAAGUUCUUGUCCCGAGGCGACAACGAGAAGUUGGAUGCCUUCUUGGCAAAGAUGCCCGCCACAUAGCUUCUUGGUGUGCUUCGUGUAGGUUAACCAAAUUAUAAUUGACCGUGUACAAACUAUUCAGGGAGGCAUAUAUAUAGAUCUUAGAUGUGUAUGUUCAACUCGACUGCAAGCAACAAGUCCAUACUGAAUACAGUACAGUAUUUUUAAAUCU